UACCGUAUCAAUAAGAAUUAAGUGUAGAUGAACCUGCUUCAGAGCUUGCUGCAGAGUUGUCAUUGACUACAUGUUCCUGCCCAGAAAUGUCCAAAAAACAUUCGUUAGAUCCAUUCAAACACCAAAGCACCCGUACCACCCCGAAACACACCCAAAACACCCUCUGACACCUCUCUCCAGGCAGUGCACACUACAGGAGGUACCUGGCUCCACUAGACGAUCGGGCUCGUCGCAUCGCCAAGGUGUAUCCAGGGUUCCUGAUGCGAGUGUACCACAAUGUGUCCGCUACUCAUGACACUGGCACGGCCUUCCUGUGUCGCCUCGUGUGCACCCACGCCCAUGUUGACCUGUGUGAUGUCACCAGACUGCCAGUACUAGGUCUGUGGAGAGGCCUGAACAAGAGGCCUGAGGAGUUUGUAAAAUUUAGGAAUGUUUUAUUCUCUCAGCCCACAAAACUAAAUCGAUUCUAUGACCAACAUCUGCUUGCUAACUUCUUGUGGCCUCUGAUUAAGAAUGACACCCUGCAGCACGAUAGCUACACCUGCACGCUUCCUACACACCAGGGCUCCAUACCUUUUCCUACAAGACGGGAAGGGACAUUUUCUGCGGUAGUGGAUCUUACAUGA